GAAGUGAAAAAUUACGGCUGACUAUUGGAAGUAACGGUCAAAAAGUUGAUUUUUUGGGGUGAAAAAUCAGAACCAAACGAGGGCUAAAUAAGAAAGCCUUUAACGUAAAAAGUAUAGAUUAAUACACCUUGCACUUUAGCUUGAUGAUUUGGAAUCUUCACUAUUUUGAUUUCUUAUUUUGACUUCUGCAGUAUGCUUUGUGCUCUCUGCUUGUAUUUGACUCUUCCCAGAAUCCGAUUCCAAUUGCCUGGGUCAUUACCUCUAGUUUGCCUGGUCAAAGUAUUCACAAAUGGAUGUCGACUCUUGUUGAAAGAAUUCAUCAGAAGGACCCAAGGUGGAGACCUUGUGCAAUUCUAGUGGAUGAUCCUUCUGUUGAGGCUUCAGUUAUAAGAGAGGCCUUCCAAUGCCGCGUUUUAUUAUCCCUUUGGCAUGUGCGUCGUGGUUGGUUGAAAAGCCUUUUGAAGAAUUGCAGCAAUUUUGAUGUGCAGAGGGAGAUGUUUAAGCAUGUAGGCAGGAUUUUGUACUGCUCAAAAAGUGGGCGAAAUGUGGUUGAUGCUGUUGAAGAGUUCAUGCAAAUAUAUGUCGAUCAGCAUGCAUUUAUAGAACACUUUAGAAGCAAAUGGUUGCCAAAGAUAGAAUUGUGGGUCAAUUGUGUCAGAACUCUCCCGGUAGCAAAUCAAGAGCCAUAUGCUUCAAUAGAAGUAUAUCACUUAAGAUUGAAAUCCAAAGUUCUAAAUUUGCUAUGUGCAAAUUCUCAUCGCAGACUUGACUUCUUGAUCCACACAUUAACAACUCAAUUUCACUCCUUGUAUUGGUUUGACCAAUAUAUUGCAGAGACUGGACAUUUUGAAAAUCUGAGGGAUAGGUAUGUCUCGACCAACUCUUGGUAUCAGGCUAUGCACAUCCCUGACGUGGAUGUGCUACUAGACGAGGAAAAUCUCGAGUUUGCAAAGGUCGUUUCUCAGGCAGACAGUACUGUGGCAUAUACAAUUUGGAACCCAGGUUCGGAGUUCGCACUCUGUGAUUGCUCGUGGUCAAUGGUGGGUAAUAUUUGUAAGCACGUGAUUAAGGUUGCAAUCUUCUGUAGAAGUCGACAGGUAGCAAGGCCAUUAUUGGCUGCUCAAGUUUAUAGGCAGGUGUUGCUUAGCCUCCUAGAAAAUAUGCCGGAUGAUCCUCUGGUUCUUGAACAUGCCGUAUCGCAUGUGACGCGGUUGCAACAGGACAUCAACAGCUUGGAGGAAUUGUCAAGUAGCGGAUUAUUGCAGCCACUACCUUCUGAUACAAACUUCCAAAUGCCAGAUAAUCUCCACCCUUUUCCACGGCUUCAUUAAUCUGCGCUUUCUGUCUGAACUUGUAUCAUGAGGAUCCCUGAAAACAUCCAUGUUGAAGCAGAAUAUUUUAUGGAAAAUGGCAUCAUAGGUCCCCAACCUAUAGUCAGAUAGAAUAUGGUCCGCAACCUUUAAAAAGGAGCAUGUUGGUCCUCAACCUAUCAUUAUUGUUUCACAAUCAGACCCCACGAGGGCCAUGCAAUGAUUUAAUGGAUUUGAACGGUUUUGAUUUUUGAGGACUGAUUUUGCAACUAUAGUUGAAAGUUAAGGACCAACUUGUUUGUUGGACUUGGAUCAGGGACCAACUUGCUACUGGGUAAUAGUUUGGAUACCAAUGGCACAUUCUUCUCGUAUUUACUCUCUAGAUUUCAGAAAUUGGUCAGAUUUCAGGCUGUUUUGUGAAUCUUGAGUUCUUCAAAGUAGAGUAAAGAUCUUAAGACUUGUCGUCAUGCAGACCGUGGACGGAUGCAAUUAUCAAAUUGGUGGUGGCGGCAGAUGGAGGAGACGGUGGUGGAGAAUGUACUACACAUGGAAGAGCCGGGGGGGGAGGGACAAUAAAAUAGUUUUGUACUAGGCUGAUACGUGGGGAAAAAAGGGCUGCUCCUCUCCCCUCCCUCCACCCGAGUUUGAUGGCGGAGUUGAAGAAAGAUUACUGAUGGCGGCCUUGGCUUAUUUGUUAAUGAAGGGAGUUGGCGGUGAUGGUGCCUGCAUGGAAAGAGCGGUCGACUGUGAGAUUUGAUGGCCGAGUUGAAGACAAGCAGUCGAGGCAGGUUUGUGGACAUGCUAAUGCAGGGUGGUGAUGGUGGACAUGAAGGUUCUGCACAUGGAAAUAGUGGCUUUUAAAAUUAGUUAAUAAAAUAAUUAAACUUAGCUUGAAUAAUCUAAGCAAAUAAGACCUUAAUCUACGAAUUAUUUUUUUGUUUCGAUAUCAUUACCAGUAUCGAGUCAAUAUACUUUGUUUCGAUUUUCUUUGAAGUAUCAAUACUUUUUCAAUUUAUUACACAUAAUUUUGAGUAGUAGUGGACACAAAAAGAGUGGUGAACUCGUUAUAAA